AGCAAGUCCAAUUGUCAGUCAGAUUUUUUACGUACAAAGAUUUGCAAUUAAAAAAAAAUGUAUAUCGAUCUAACCAGUUACAAAAGAUGUUUUCAUUAUUAUAUAUAAUUUAAUUGUAUCCUUCAAAGUGUUAUAUUGGUGAUGACUACUCCUGGUAGUCAAGCUUCAAUGUACCAAGGGUACCCUUACGUCAACCCAACUGUCAUUGACGCACCAUCAAUCGACGCCGAGACUGCAGCGAAAUGGUCGAACUUACCACGAAAACAGGUGGUACCAAAACAGCCCUUGACAAACGAACCCAUUGUCUAUAUAGACAUACCUGACAGUGGAACAUCAGGUAGCAGCAGUUGUACCACAGAAUCAUCAAGACCAGCAGCAGUAGCUGGAUCUGCAUCUGGAGCUGCUGCAAGUAAAGUCGACCCUGAUGAUACUCCAGUUGUUUACAUUGAUUUACCAGAAAGUACAACAUCAGUGACUAGCGAUAAUGAAAGGCGGAGAGGAGAUACUGCUAGCGGACAUAAUAAUUCAGGUUUCGUUGAAGAAACGAUAUUUUACGAUCCGUUUAAAAAUAGGAGGAUUGAUGUUGUACAAAAUCGUGAAUCGCCAGCACCUGGAUCAUCAAGCGGUCAAGCUGGACCAUCGAGCCUCAUAUCAUCACAAUAUGUCUCGAAGGAAUCAUUCGUUUAUGGCUCGCAAAGCUCUCAAGUAAAUUCAAGGCCAUCGACAGUUGGAGACUACCUGAUACCAGUGAACGAGUUCCCGAACCCACCACCAGCGUACUCUGAAGUGGAUACGUCGCCAGCUCCAACACCAACUCGAACAGAAGUCAUCGUACCAAAUCAACAGAUGCCCAUAGGCAUAGCCAGCUCCGACAGGAAGCUGGUUUCAUGCCCACACUGCAAUGUCCGCGUGCACACUCUGGUUGUGCGAGAGAACGCAUGUCUGACACACGCCAUCGCCAUAAUUUUUUUACUCGUAUUCUUCCCAAUUGGUAUCCUGAUAUACUGCACGAAUUAUUUCAAGUACAGGAAUCAUUACUGCCCAAACUGCAAUCUUUUAAUAGGCUAUGAAAUACCAAUAUUCUGCCAAGGGAUGACGUACACGAAAACAGAUUAACGUUAUAUUGCAAUUAAAAAAACAGCUAUAAAUAUUUUAUAUAUAAAUAUUUAAUAUCAAUGACUGUUUUUUUACGCUAAUAUUUUAUUAAUAUUAUACACCUGUAUAA